AUGGAAGCAAGAAGUGCAAUGCACAUACUCAAUGCUCCAAGCACCAAAAGUCUGAAGUAUGCGAUCCAAUCUGGUCUCAUCAAGAACUGUCCUAUCACCAAGGAAGCGAUCAAUCAUGCCGAAGCAAUCUUUGGACCUGACGCCUCUACAUUGAAAGGCAAGUCAACAAGACCAACUCCAAAGAAGAUGUACAGCGACUUUUUCAGUCCACCAGAGGAAUUGUAUCAGCACAAUCGAUCUACUACCGUCUGUAUUGAUCACAUGGAGAUCGAGAAUGCUAAGUUUCUCACCUGCAUUGAUACCACUGUGCGUUAUCGCUCAUGUAUUCCUGUGCAGAACCUGAAGACUGACCCUGUAUUUGAAGCAUUGGAUAAGAUAUUCCGCCGCUACAACAAGGCAGGCUUUCAAGUCAAGAUCAUCAAGUGUGAUCGGGCGUUCAUUCCUCUCACGGAUGAUGUGCUAGACGAUAUGGGUGUUACUAUUGACCCGACUGCAGCUGGAGACCACGAGCCUACCGCUGAGCGAAACAAUAGGAUGCUGAAAGAAAGAGUCAGAGUAGCUCUUGCACGAUUACCCUACAAAGUGGUCCCAAAAGUGAUCACUGAAUGUCUUGGACGUUGA